AAGGUCCCACUGUGGCACCAGGGGGGCAGUCAUUGGCAGAGAUGGGUGGCUGGACAAGUCUUCUCCUUUUGAUGUGGCUCGGUGUCGCAGGGAGCAAAACGGUGGAUCUGCAGAAGAGAAUUCUGGGAGGACAACCAUGUGACCGUCCUUAUCACGUGAUAAUAACUGAUUAUCAAGACAAAUUUGUGUGUGGUGGCUCUCUGAUCAGUGGCCGCUGGGUUCUGACUGCAGCUCACUGCUGGAUAUGGGACAUGAAUGUAGUUAUAGGCUGGAAUACACAAAAACCAAUAAUCAUGAGAAUCUCAGCACCACCUGUGAUGUAUGGGGACAACAACAACAUGAUCCAUGACAUCAUGCUGCUGAAGCUCCCUCUGCAAGUUCUAGGAGCAACUCUUAUAGCUCUUCCUAGCUGUAACAAUCCUCUGCGUGUAGGUGAUGUGGUUCAGAUUGUAGGUCACGGAGCCACAACUAUACGUCCUGAUUACAAAAAAAAAUCUGAGUUUUCCCCAAAUCUCCAGUGUGCAAACAUCAAGGCUGACCACUGUCCCUGGAAGGGAAACCCUUCACAUUACUACCCAUGGCCACAUCAUCACAUGUUCUGUGGCCAAACUCCUGGAGUGGACGUGUGCCCUGGUGACUCUGGUGGAGGAGUGGUGUUCCCUGACGCAACCGACCACACUCCCAGGAUCUAUGGUGUCAUUUCUACCACUGGUGAACUUGUCUGUUCUGCACCUGUUGGAUUCAUGGACGUCUGUUCAUACAUGCAGUGGAUCACCACUACUAUUAACAGGCCCUAGAGAUGUCUAAUGUGGUGCUAACUGUGAAAUGUCCUGUCAUUUCACAGACUUUCACAUAUAUUUAGUAAACCGUUGAGUUCCUCUAAAUUUGCAGAUAAGAAAUUUACAAUUGAUUGGUGUACGAUGAAUAUUCAAUUUUGAUUUGUAAGGUUCUUCCAGACAAGCAAUAAAUGUGGUUCCACAACAUGA